CUGCGCGCCCCAGGGGGCGCGCACCCGGCGAUCUCCGUGAUCGCUAGCGGGGAUCGGCAUCGAUCAUCAGGGCACUGAUGAUCAGUGCCCUGAUGAUCAGUGCCCAGCAGUGCCACCCGCAAGUUCCGCCCCACCUGUGCCCAGCAGUGCGCCCACUAGCUCCGCCCAGCAGUGCACCCACCUGUGCCCAGCAGUGCAUCCACCUGUGCCACUCUGCAGUGUCACACACCUGUGCCCAGAAGUGCCACCUACCUGUGCCCAGCAGUGCCACCCACCUGUGCCCACCCACCUGUGUCCACCAGUGCCACCCACCUGUGCCCACCCACCAGUGCUGCCCACCAGUGCCACCCACCAGUGCAGCCCAGCAGUGCUGCCAGUCAGUGCCACCAGUCAGUGCCCAGGGGUUGUGCCAGUCAGUGCCGCCAGUCCGUGCCCAGCAG